AACAUGUUUACUUUUAAAGAAAAUCGAGUAUAUUGUAGAAUGUUUUUGAAUACACCGUAUACGGAUGAAAAUGCAAAUAUAUGUUUUUCUCAAUGGGAAAAGUUUAUUUUUGACUGAUCGUGAAAGAUGAAGUGAAUGGGAAUGACGAACACUACGUACAUGUACAAUUCUUUAUAACGCUGCUUCAGAAGUGCUCAAUUUGUAGUCUUUUUGGCGUAUUAUUGGUUGGAAGUGAUUUUAAAGCAUUCAAAAUUUAAAUGUCAAGAUAUGUCAAAAACAAAAUUAUAUGGAAAUCUGGACUUUUAAAGACGUUGCUUAUCCAUUUAUAAGAAUGUUACAACAGCAUGGCUUCCAGGAAUGUACAUUCUUUCCCCCAGACGACAGCUCAGUUUGCAAAAAUGACACAAAAUCAUUAAGAGAUCCAAUGGAAUAUGAAGGCAAAAGAUUGUCAACUUUCGCAACAUUUCCAGAUAUUCCUGGUCUUUAUGCAACCAAACUUGCAGGAGCUGGUUUCUAUUUUUUACAAAAAGACGACGAGGUUUGCUGCUUUAAAUGCAGAAUUACAUAUAAAAAUUGGAACCCGCAUGAUUCGCCUAUAAAGAUUCACCAACAAAUUUCUCCGCUUUGUGAUUUUAUCAAACAUGUCGCCUCUAAAUACAUUGAACAUUCACAACAUAUAUCAGAAAGUAUAGCAAACAAUGGUACAUGUGAUAUUUCUUACGUAAGAACUGAAUGUGAUCAAACAUCGCACGACAAAAAUAAACUGCCGGUUAAUAGUAACAAUCCUCAACAGAGCUUACAUAUACUCAAUGGUGGAACAGUUUCUCAAAGAAUUCAGGCAAACUCAAUUAAUCAAAAUUCAAAUAACUUCAGAUGGAAUGUUCCAAAUACUUAUGGUGGACGUGUUCCAACUAAUCCUUGUCUUGUAAAUCAAAGUCUAAACAAUACUACAGACAAUGUUUCUAACACUGAUAUUACCAGGACAGAAUCUUACCAAAUAUCCAACAAUUACUCAACUAAUGAUACUAACAGCUUGAUUCCAAUUUCACACACUGAUUUAGAGACUUUAAAUAGAAAUGCAAGCACACCAAACAACCAAUAUUCAGGUCAAAUAACUACCACUGAUAGAUCUAGCAAAGCACCAGUUAAACAACCGAUGAUGGGGAUAUGUGUUGAUAACCCAAAGUAUCCAAAAUACGCGAUCAGAGGAUCUAGACUGGACUCGUUUAAAUAUUGGCCAACAUAUUUGACACAGUCACCAGACGAAAUGGCAACCGCUGGAUUCUUUUUCACAGGUAAUGAUGAUCAUUGUCGCUGCUUUUUCUGUGGAGGAGGAUUAAAAAACUGGGAACCAGGAGAUGAGCCUUGGGUAGAACAUGCUCGCUGGUACCAGAAGUGUGAUUUUGUUCGACAAUGUAAAGGCGAUAGUUUUAUAGGAGAUGUUCAAACAAACAAAUAUAUGCCGACUGAAAUUGUGAAAAAGAGUAAGCUUCCAAGUUCAAAAAGGCCAUUGGGUGAAUUUAAGAACAUUCCUGCAGUUAGAUCUGUAACAGAGUUUGGAUAUGAUGAAAAGUUAGUUAAAGAAGCUUACGAAACCCUUCAAAAAGCAGGAAAAUCAGAUAUCACGAUUACCGGGCUCCUUGAAGCUGUUUUCAAUUUAGAGGAAAAUUCGAAACAUACCCAAGAAAAUUCAAAUUAUAACCAACAGCAAAUGGAAAACUCGCAAUCAGCAAUAGAAUCUGCUAAAAGUAUAGCAAAGCAAAUUACAAACGAAACAACAAGCGAUUCAGAGCCAGAAUUGUCAGUGAGAAGUCUUGAAGAAGAAAAUCAGAACUUGAAAGAUCAGCAGACUUGUAAAAUAUGCUUGGACGAACCAAUUGCAAUUGUGUUUCUUCCUUGUGGUCAUUUAGCUGCUUGUGGUAGAUGUGCGCCUGCGCUGAGAAGAUGUCCAAUAUGUAGAGCAUUCAUCAAAGGAUCAGUAAAAGCCAUAAUGUGCUAAUGUCUUUAAAAUGUAUAGAAAUGACAAAAAUUCACAAAAUAAAUCUUACAAUAUACAUGUAUACUGUAAGUUAUACAGUUAGCAAGAUCACGACGUAAACAAAUUUAAGACCAGUUCUGCGAGUUCUUCGUGACGCUUAGACUAUAUGAUGCAACGACUUGACUGUGUGGUGAGCAUUUUCCGUUUGGCUAUGCAGUAUGGAUCGAUACAAAGCAACGUACGAGAGAUGCAUACUAUAUUAGUUUACUGGUAAUAACACGCGUGUCGUUCCAGUACUAUAAUCAAUAAUACUUUUUUCGACACUAUUUUGUUAAAUACAACUUCCAAAUUUUGUGAUUAUAAAGGGCAUCAACCAAACUGUUUGGUGAAUAAAACGUGAAUGUCUGGACCGUCAUUGUUUUUUCAUCGGCUGAGAUCGACAUUGAGUGAGUUGUCGUUUUGUAUAAUCCGAAUAUAUUAUUUUCUCUAACCAAAAUUCAGAACAGAAGCUUGUUUUAUAUUUGAUUAAAGGACAAUUUCAACACGAAAGAUCGAAUUCCUUAUGAGUUUUGGUAGAAUGUGUUUGUAUAUAUAUUCGGUAUAAGAGUAACCGAAAUAGAUUUAAAUAUACCUCUAUUUGAUAUCAUUGUUGACUACAUACAUAAAUAUUAUGACAAAAAUAAACUAAUAUAUCAUGUACAUUGUAUUUAUUUUAAAAUUGUCUAUUUGAAACGAAAAGAUUGAAUAUUGCUUAUUACUAA